AUGCUAUCGUCUUCACAGAUUCUCCGGCGGUUCUGCUGCUCCAGCACCGCCGCCGGUUCUUCUCCAUCAUCAUCGCUUGCCACUGCCCAGAAGAAACGUCUCGUUUUCCUGGGUUCCCCUCAGGUUUCCGCUUCUGUUCUUGAUUCCCUCUUCAGUGCAUCUUCUGCCCCAGAUUCUUUAUUUGAGAUUGCAGCAAUUGUGACACAGCCACCGUCGGGAAGAGACAGGGGUAGAAAGGUGUUGCCUUCUCCCGUUGCACAACGUGCUCUCGAUUAUGGCUUUCCUUCUAAUUUGAUCUUCACUCCACUCAAAGCCGGUGAGGAAUCAUUUAUUUCAUGCUUUCAAGCGCUGGAGCCCGAACUUUGCGUCACUGCUGCAUAUGGAAAUAUUUUACCGACGAAAUUCCUCAAGAUUCCAUCCAUGGGGACAGUGAACAUACAUCCUAGUUUGCUUCCACUUUAUCGAGGGGCAGCCCCCGUUCAGAGAGCUCUGCAGGAUGGUGUAAGAGAAACGGGAGUUUCGUUAGCGUUUACCGUUCGCCAACUGGAUGCGGGCCCCGUUAUUGCUUGUGAGAAAGUGGAGAUUGAUGAUCAAAUAAAGGCACCGGAUUUACUUCAGUUGCUAUUCGGUCAAGGAACGAAACUUCUGAUCAGUGAGCUCCCGUCAAUAUUUGAUGGUUCUGCGAAAUCUAAAGCGCUUCCCCAAGACGAAUCUAGAACUACGCUAGCUCCAAAAAUAGCUCCAGAGGAAUCGUGGCUGUCGUUCGAUCAAAAAGCUGUAGUACUUCACAACAAAGUUCGUGCAUUUGCAGGUUGGCCCGGAACCCGAGCAAAAGUUUCGGUUCUUGAUCCAGAAAGUGGGGGCGACAGUAAUACAGUAGAACUCAAAAUCAUCACAACAAGAGUUUACGAGAGUAGUGAAAUUCCGAGUGGCGAAGCGGAUGAUGUGUUCUUUAGAAAAGGCUCGUUGAUAUUCCCAUGUGGUGGCGGUACAGCAUUAGAGGUGUUGGAGCUUCAGCUUCCGGGUAAGAAAGUUGUAAACGCGGCCUCGUUUUGGAACGGAUUGAGAGGGCAAAAGCUUAAGAAGUUGUGAAUCGCUUUAUCGAUCAAUUCGUUUUGCAAUACUAGGUAAUAAAUGACCUUAUUACCCACCCUUGUCAUCUCUUAAUUGUGUCUAUUUAUUUAUUGUUACUGUAGAUUAGCAGUUAAUUAGUUGGUUAGAUUGAGUAAUUUGAAGGUGUGUUAACAGAAAUGGAUUCAAAUUGCUGCUUUAUCGGCAUUAUUGAUUAUUUGAAAUAUUUUUUUUAAUUUA